GCCAGAAUUCAAGCUCUGACAAGAAUAGGUGAGAAAACACUUGAGUUGUGAUGAUGAUGUUCUUGACUUGAACCUCCCUGUGUUGUUGAAACUCUUCAUGUUCACAUUCUCCAAUGUUUUCUCCCUUUUGUUUUUUUCCUACACCUCUUCUACUGCAAGAUGGCUUCAUGCUAUUAUUGCGCUUCCCGGGUUUUUCUCUCUAAGGUCCGAUGGCUCCCUCUGAGGAAGUCUUUGUGUUAUUUAAGAAACUGGGAGAGAAGGUCUGUUGGGGAUUCCUCCAGCAGUGAGAUCCAAAGGCGGUUCAGAGGGAAAGGCCUGAUACGGAUUACUUUGUUGUGCUGGGGAAUUGGAGGCUCUUCUCAGGACUCAAAGUGUGACAAUAUAUCUAGUCUUCACCCUCAAAGAAAGAUCCACAUCCUUCCUGAUAAUGCUGCUUUCUUCCAGCGAGUUGGGCUCGUCUUUUCCUUUGUGAUCCGAGCCUGCGUCUUGUUGCUAAAGUUUGGCCCGUUGCUUUGGCUCUACCCCUUCACCUACAUCUCUCCAAGUUUCGCCUCGCUCUGGAUCCAUCUUUUGCUAAAAGCGACAGAGUCAUCUGGCCCCACGUUCAUCAAACUGGGGCAAUGGGCCAGCACCAGGCGGGAUCUCUUUUCGGAAGACUUCUGCCUCAAGUUCUCCAAGCUGCACAUCAAGGUUGUCCCUCACUCUUGGGAUUACACCAAGCGUUCUUUGACAACAGAAUUUGGGGGAAGCUGGGAGAAGGUCUUCACAUUUGAAAGCCAGGAACCUGUAGGGUCUGGUUGCGUUGCCCAGGUAUAUAAAGCUUAUGUGGACAUCUCUGCUCUUGGAGAGCCAGCAGCGAAGGAUCUUUCAAAGAGCUUUGGAUUUGAUUCUGCCUUGGAAUACUGGCAGGUCUUGGGGUUUAAGGGAUUCUUUGAAUGGCUUUGGAAGAGGAAGCAUGAACAUAUUCCAGAAAGAUAUGAUGACCGUUGGUUGCAUCAUACAGAUGGCAUCCGUGGAAGUGGUGAUUGGAGUUCAGUGUCUGGAUAUCCAAAUGCACCUUCAUCUUUUCCAAAGAGAGACCAACUUCUUCCAGUGGCCAUUAAGGUGCUGCACCCUGGAUUAGUUCAACAAGUCCAAAUGGAUCUGUUCCUUAUGAAGAUGAGUAGUAGAUUCAUUGAGCUUCUCCCAGGUGUUAAGUGGCUGAGUCUGACAGAGAUUGUGGAGGAGUUUGAGAAGCUCAUGAUUCAGCAGAUUGACUUGCGGUAUGAAGCAAGGAACCUAGAACGCUUCCAUUUCAACUUCCGAGAUGUUGAUUAUGUGAAGUUCCCAAAACCGCUCCAUCCUUUUGUGACAAGAAACAUACUAGUGGAAACCUUUGAGGAGAGCAAACCAAUAUCUCAUUAUUUGCACACAGAGGCCACAAUGGAGUUACGGAGAAAAUUAGCCAAGAUGGGUAUGGACAUGCUUCUAAAGAUGGUGUUUGUUGAUAACUUUGUCCAUGCUGAUCUGCAUCCUGGAAAUGUCCUAGUCCAGGGAGCAGAUCUCUUCAGUGACCAUCUGGAGGACCAGACAGUCAUUGUGGACUUGUUGGACACACUCAUUCUGGAAGUGCAACCUUCUCCUUCCCCACUCCGACUGGUGCUUCUGGAUGCAGGAAUUGUAGCUGAGUUGCAGACGGCUGAUCUUGAGAAUUUCCGGGCAGUCUUCACAGCUGUGGUCUUAGGACAGGGGGAAAGAGUGGCAGAGUUGAUUCUUCAUCACGCAAGGGCUAAUCAGUGCAAGAAUGUGGAGAAAUUCAAAGCUGAUAUGGCCCAGUUAGUGAAGGAGGCCAGGAGCAACACUAUAGCACUUGGAAAGCUCCAAGUUGCAAGCCUACUGUCCAGUGUUUUCAAGCUCCUGAUGACCCAUCAGGUGAAACUGGAGAGCAACUUUGCUUCAGUUGUCUUUGCCAUUAUGGUUUUGGAAGGUCUCGGUCGCUCCCUGGAUCCUGAACUGGAUAUCCUGAAGGCAGCUAAACCUCUUCUAAUCAAACCUUCAAGCACUACACUGUAGUAGCGAUAGAGCGAGGCACUGCAGGUUUGUUGGUGGCCAAGAUCAACCAUGUUGGACUCGAGCUUGUAAAAAUCUAUUUUGUUAAGACUACAACUUCACUGGCCAUGCACACUGUAAGAUUUUAGGACUGAUACUCCAAAUAUGGUGGAGGAGAGGAACUCUCAGACUGUGGGCUUAAACUCAGAGGUCUGGGAGAUGUUUCUGUCCAAACCUUGCUCCAAGGAUGCUCCUAAACUUGCUCUCUCUUUAAUCACCAUGUUAUCUCUGAUCAGAGAUUGAAAAUGACAUCAGGAAUUGCCCCAUUUUACAGCACCAUCUCCCAACAUAUUGGGAAGGCCAGUAGAGCAUUAAGGAAUCCACACUACUAUUUUCUUCUAGAGACUAAAGAUAACUAGGGAUUUUUUCUUGCUCUAUGCUGUGACUGAUUAGGGAAAGCUUCCUGCAGCCCAAACUUGUCUGUAUGCAGCAAACCACUGCAACUGUGAAACCAUUUACCUUUAGGGGUUGUCAUGCUCCCUGGUGUGGGUUCAGAGGUGGUUCUGCCUGGGAGCCCUUUCACACAGCCAUAUAACCCAGAAUAUCAAGGCAGAAAAUCCCACAAUAUCUGUUUUGAACUGGGUUAUCUAUCCAUACUGCCAUAUAUUCCAGUUCAAAGUAGAAAAUGUACGAUUUUAUUCAGCUGUGUGGAAGGGCCCUGUUCUCUCACACUUCAACGGUAUACCUUCAACAUGAAGAACACUGUUGGCAUCCUCCUUUGCUAUAAGUUAGAAUUAGUUAGUGGCCAAGAUCCUGCAAGACUGUAGUUAACAGAAAAGAGUUCUGCAUGCAGAAAUCCACUGUACCUUCCCUGUCACCGGCCCCAGAACUUAACAUUUCACUGUGAUAACCCCCCUCUUGGCUAUUCUGUUGCUGAAAGGGAUCAUUGAAGCAUCUAGCUAUGUUUCCAUAGCUGGACACAGAGACAGGUUCCAUCAAACCGGGAAAUCCUUAGCAUAUGAUGUCAUCAGUCUACUCCUGGCGAUGGGGACAUAGCCAGAUGCUUGUCUGAUCCCAUCUGCUCUCUAUCAACAACUGAAUGGCUGUCAGGAAUGGCUACUGCAAUGACACAGUGAGUCUUGAGGGCAUCAGAGGAAGAAGGAAAUACUAACCAUCAUCUCAAUCUAAAAAUACAUGCACAUGUGUAUCUUACAUUGGCAUAGGCGAUUAACAGACUGCUGCCCUGAAUGUAUUGGGAUUCCUUUAAAAAAACAGUUUUGGAAAGGUAACUCUUCCAAACAGCUGGAAUAAAUGAAGAGCCUGCCUAUUGCCAUCAGUGUCAAGGAAAGCAUAACAGAUUUAGCAUUUUCCUUGCUCACUUUUAAGGAAACCUAAGGGCAAGGAUAGCUUCUAUGUCAAACUAUCAGUUUUCAUAUUGAAAAGCAAAUAGUAUUAAUUUCCUAUUGGUGUUUUGCAUUACAAGAAAAUAAAUCCAUGUUUUCUUUUUUAAAGCCAUCUUUUGUGUAGUUGGCUUUUUUGUCUAAAAAGAAGCCUGGCCGUGGUGGGUGAGGAAUUCUACAAGUUGCAGGGGGAAAGGAAAAUAUUUUUUCUAGCUUCUAAUCUAAAGAGCAUUAGCAAUGUAGCUUCUUUACUCUUUUAUACUGUGUUCUGAAUAGCUAAGCAGAUACUUCUGUGUAAAAUGUAUUGCCAUUGACCAAAGUAUUUACUUCUUUUUAGCCAAAACAUUGGAUGCGCUUCUAAAUGUAACCAUUGCUAGUGGAAAAGCUGGAAUUAAUAAUAAAUGGUUUAACACCGGAA